AACUUUAAAAAACCCUUUUUUUAGCUUAGAUUAAGAUAUAAUGAAAAUAAAUGACAAAAGUUUGAUAUCAUAUGCAAGUACUGAAAGUGAGUUUGAUAAAAAAGGAUACUUAAACAAGAAGGGAGAGUUAAACCAUAGUUAUAAAAGAAGAUGGUUUGUCUUGAAAGGAAACUUGUUAUUUUAUUUUGAACAACCCGGUAAAACACCUCUAGGCAUGAUUGUAAUUGAAAACUGUAGCAUUGAAGUGAAUGAUGCUGACCGCUUUUCGUUUUGUAUUCGUUAUCAAGCUGAAAACCUAACCAGUAAUAGCAGGGCAUAUAUUCUAUGCGCAGACUCCGAAAGCGAUAUGGAACAAUGGAUAAGAUCGUUAGCGUCAACAUCAUAUAUGUUUAUAGCAAUGGUUGUAGCUGAGUUUCAAAAAACAUUACUCGGUUUCAAAACUGAUAAUGAUUUUAAUUCACAAUCGAAAAAAAACUCGGGUAAUAUUGACAGUAGCAUUAAAAAAAAAAACUCUUUCCGCUUCACCUCUUCCUCGAUUUUUUCAACUUCAAACGAUGACAGUGUAUUAAGAACAAGAACUGCUACAGCAAAACCACUAAAUAUAAAUAUAAACAAAACUGACAUGUUUACUGUUACACAUAAUCCUAAAAACAAAACAAAGUAUAAAACAUUAGAUACUGUGCGUCGCACUAAAAGUACGGAGAAUAUUCAUAAAAUUGGAAAUCUCCAAAUUGACUGUCCGCAAAACAGGAAAAAUGGCCUCGCUUAUAAUUCGAACAACAAUUUUUGCGGAGAUUUUAUAUACAAAAAUGAUAAAACAACGUUUGAAUUUUUACAUGACAAGUACGGCGCAGCAAUAUGGACAAGAAUUGGGGAGACUCUAUGAGCCCAUAUAUGAGCUCUUUAGCUAUUUUUUAACCCAAUUUAUUGAGGUUUUUAUAGUUUUUUUAUUCAUUUUUAUACAAAGUUUAUUACCACAUUAAGAAAUGUAUUUGUUCUUUCUCAGUACCUAGCGUCUUUUAAAACUGUUGCGAUAAAGUUGUGUAAUUCAAUAUAUAGUAUUGUGCAAUAUAGUUCUGCAA